AUGACACAGAGCCUGUCGGGCCCGCGCACUCUUGGCAAAGUUUCAGUGCGACGAGAGGCGCCGGGCGCUCCAUGGCCGCGCCGUAACGGGGACCCAGCCGCCUCCCCGCCCAGCCCAGCCCAGCCCUUCCGCCCGCCCAGGAUGGAGGCGCCCGCCAGCGCGCAGACCCCGCACCCGCACGAGCCCAUCAGCUUCGGCAUCGACCAGAUCCUCAACAGCCCGGACCAGGACAGCGCACCAGCCCCGCGGGGCCCCGACGGCGCCAACUACCUGGGAGGGCCCCCCGGGGGCCGUCCGGGCGCCACAUACCCGUCUCUGCCCACCUCCUUUGCCGGCCUCGGCGCGCCCUUCGAGGACGCGGGAUCUUACAGUGUCAACCUGAGCCUGGCGCCCGCCGGCGUAAUCCGAGUGCCAGCGCACAGGCCGCUGCCCGGGGCCGUGCCGCCGCCUCUGCCUAGCGCGCUGCCUGCCAUGCCCUCCGUGCCCACGGUCUCCAGCCUGGGCGGCCUCAAUUUCCCCUGGAUGGAGAGCAGCCGCCGCUUCGUAAAAGACCGUUUCACAGCGGCGGCGGCGCUCACGCCCUUCACCGUGACCCGGCGCAUCGGCCACCCUUACCAGAACAGGACGCCGCCCAAGCGUAAGAAGCCGCGCACGUCCUUUUCUCGGGUGCAGAUCUGCGAGCUGGAAAAGCGCUUCCACCGCCAGAAGUAUCUGGCCUCGGCCGAGAGGGCGGCGCUCGCUAAGUCCCUCAAAAUGACGGACGCGCAGGUCAAGACCUGGUUCCAAAACCGGAGGACCAAGUGGCGGCGGCAGACGGCGGAGGAGCGGGAGGCGGAGCGGCAGCAGGCGAGUCGGCUCAUGCUGCAGCUGCAACACGACGCCUUCCAAAAGAGCCUCAACGACUCUAUCCAGCCCGACCCGCUCUGUCUGCACAACUCUUCGCUCUUUGCUCUGCAGAAUCUGCAGCCCUGGGAGGAGGAUAGCUCCAAGGUCCCCGCCGUCACCUCUCUGGUGUGA